UCGACAUCCCAACUAUAAAUCUAUUCAUCCGCCAAAUUAACUUCCCUCUCGUUUCAAUUUACGUGACACAUCUUGAAUUGCAAAAUUCACACAAAUCCAUCUUUAACGGGAGAGGUGGUGAGAAGUAUUGAGAGAUCAAAAUGCGUGCAAGGAAAGCUGGUUUAAUUGCUCUGUUCGAUGUUGAUGGAACUCUAACAGCACCCAGGAAGGAAUGCACUCCAGAAAUGUUGAAAUUCAUGCGAGAACUUAGAAAGGUUGUUACAAUUGGAGUUGUUGGAGGUUCUGAUCUUGUGAAGAUAUCAGAACAGCUUGGCAGUUCAGUUAUGAAUGAUUAUGAUUACGUAUUCUCUGAAAAUGGACUUGUAGCACAUAAGGAUGGCAAGCUUAUAGGAAAACAGAGCAUGAAGUCAUUUCUCGGAGAUGAGAAGCUCAAGGAAUUUAUCAACUUCACCCUUUGUUAUAUUGCUGACUUGGAUAUUCCAAUAAAAAGAGGAACAUUCAUUGAGUUCAGAAGUGGCAUGCUAAAUGUGUCGCCUAUUGGGGGAAACUGUAGUCAGGAAGAGAGGGAAGAAUUUGUGAAGUAUGACAAGGUACAAAAGAUACGCGAAACAAUGAUAUCAGUGCUUAGGGGAAAGUUUGCACACCUUAAUCUUACCUUCUCCAUUGGAGGCCAAAUAAGUUUUGAUGUUUUCCCCCAAGGCUGGGACAAGACUUAUUGUUUGAGAUACCUUGAAGAAUUUAAUGAAAUUCACUUUUUUGGUGACAAAACAUACAAGGGAGGAAAUGACCAUGAGAUUUACGAGUCUAAGAGAACUGUUGGUCACACAAUUACUAGCCCGGAGGAUACAAUGAAGCAGUGUUUUGUUCUAUUCUUCGACAAGGAUAAUGGAACUUUAUGAGCUUGUUGCAAUUUUCCAAUACACGUACAAUUGUAUGCUUGUAACCUAUGAACGACAGAAAUGAAUAAUUCCUAUAAAUUCUUAUAUUGAAUUUACUCUUUAAAGUUAUAAUUUUAGUUUCCAUACAUUUGAGGUGGGAUGUAUACUUGUGAGUCAUGUGAACCAGAUUCUCUAAGAAAUCCCUUGAGGUGGUCUUGUUUUUGUGAGA